AUGGAAGCUAAGGUAAGCAUGGGAAAGUGGCUGGCUGGUCAGUUGCUGUGGCAGCAGUGUUUCAACCUGAGUUACCCACAGUUGGAAGGAUGUGCUGUGGCCUUGGGGGGAGAGGUUGGAGAAAGCCAAUUAGCCCCUCACCAGGUGUUUAACAGUUGGCAAAAGAGCUGUUUUGGAACGUUGGCUCUACUUCUGCUUAGCUGUGUGCCUGCCAGUGUUAUCCUCUCUGAAGCUGUUUCCAUGCACAUAAAAUGGGAAGGAGGAGUGCCUCUGCUAACCGCAGGGGUGGUUCAAAGGCUUAGUUAUGGCUGGUUCAAAGGCUUAGUUAUGGCUGGUGAUAGAUACUAA